AUGUCGACGCCCAAGUCUCUUAUUAUUGUGACGUGGAACAUCGAUUACCAUGAGCACUACGUCACACAAAGACUGAACGCAGCCUUGGAGUAUCUCCAGAAGGAUGUCUUCGAGUGUCUCAAGGAUUCCGACUCCCCUGGGCCGUGCUGCAUCCUUCUUCAAGAGGUCCAGACACGCGCGCUCAGGGAGAUACGGUCAAAUGAAUGGAUCCGCCGACACUUCAUCAUGACGCCGAUUGACAACACCAAGUGGCCCCAUUCGUUCGAGAAUGGGAACAUUACCCUGAUCGAAAAAUCGAUCCUCAUACAUGACGCGUAUAUCCUCAAGUACGGUAUGACCGACAUGGCGCGCUCGGCGAUCAUCGUUGAUAUCAGGAUGUUAAGCCGCCUAGGAUCACAGCGCAGAAUUCGGAUUAUCAAUACUCAAUUAGAGGGAAAUUUGGAUGGAGGAGAGUUUAGGAGACAACAGCUAAUGGAAUGCGCGAAGCUUCUCAAGCGCACCAAGUCGCAGCAGAAUUUGGCUCCAGCGCAGAGUGGAGGGAUCAUCGCGGGGGAUAUGAACGCACUGGAUGCCGACGCGGACGAGGUUGUGCGUUCGUUCGGGUUGGUAGAUGCUGUCGUACCACUGAAGGAUGAAUCUGAAGGGCACACAUGGGGGUACCAGGGGGGAAUGCAUUGUCGGAAGGCUCGCUUGGAUAAAAUUCUCAACUAUACUCCAGAUGGAAAGAAGCGGGUUCGGGUUUCGGAUGUGAGGCGUAUUGGCAUUGGGUUACGGUGGAAUGGCCAUUGGAUAAGUGACCAUUUCGGACUUAUCGGCACUGUCGGUGUACUUGCAUGA